CGACAACAACAAUAACAAUAACAAUAACAAUUUUUAACGGCAAUGAGCGACACGCACGACCCUGUGGUGGUCGCCAAAGUGGAAACGCCUUCAUUAGAGGCAGCCCCUUCCAAUGAAGAGGCCACUGCCCCCACCGACAUUGCGGCAGAGGCAGGACCAUCGACACCCCCGUUAUCCAAGAAUCAGCAGAAGAAGUUAGCCAAGAGAGCAAAGUUUGAGUCGCACAAGCUCGAGAAGCGCGCCGCCGAGCGCAUACGCCGGCGUGAGCGCACGCAGGCCCUCAAGGCGGGCUACGAGGCCGGCACCCUCAGCGAGGCCGACAAGGAGAUCUACGAGCGCGGCCUCGAGCUCAAGCGGCGCGCCAAGGCGAAUGUCAACCAUGCCGCGGAGGUGUGGCCAGGCGGCGUGGUCAUUGACUGCGGCUUCGACGAGCUCAUGACAGAACAGGAAAUUACCAGCAUGAGCGGACAGCUCACCUACGUCUACUCUGCCAACCGCACCGCGCCACGCCCAUUCUCCUCCGUCCUCUUCACCAGCUUCUCGCCAGAGAUCAGCCCGCGCCUAUGGGAGAAGAUGACCAAGACCAACUGGGACCGCUGGAACCGCAUGCACUUCUGGUCCCAGGACGUCGGCGUCCUCGCCGGCGAGCUGGGGAAGGAGAAGGAGGAGGGAGGGGAGAGGGUAGAGGCGGAGGCGGAGGGAGCCGUGGAGUCGGCAACGGAGAAUGGUAACGACGCGGCGGCAAACGGGAAGCCUGCACGACCCAAGAAGACCAAACUCGGCGCGAACGGCGCCCCGAACGAUACGGCUACGUUGCUCGCGGCGCUCUCGGGGCCGCAUCUGCCACCAACCCUACCUGCGACUCACAAACUCGUAUAUCUAUCCGCCGACGCCGACGAGGAGCUCACGACGCUCGCAGAGGACGAGGUGUAUGUCCUCGGCGGUAUUGUGGACCGCAACCGGCACAAGAUGUUGUGCCAGAACAAGGCCGAUAAGCUCAACAUCCGCACGGCGCGCCUCCCAAUCGGCACAUUCAUCGAGAACCUCCCGACGCGCAAGGUCCUUACCGUGAACCAGGUGUACUCUAUCCUGGUGCAGUACGUUGCGUUACAAGACUGGGCCGCGGCGUUCGAGGCCGUUAUCCCGCAGCGCAAGUUCUUUGGCAGCAAGCAGGAACGCAAGGCAAGCAAGCGCAAGGCUGAGGGGACGCCAGAUGUGGAGGGGGACGGUGGGGACGACGUUGCGGAGGAGGGGGACGAGGAGGAGCGCGAAGAUGGUGACGACGAGCACAUCCUCUUAUCCACGCCGCCGAUGGACGUCGAUCACGAGGAGGCUGUAAACAACGCAUUGGCUUAACGAUUAGAUAGCCCCAACAUUCAGCAGCAUGGCA